AUGGCGAUCGGUCAAGCGAGUUCUCACGGGACUGAAAUCCCUUCCUAUGUCUGCUAUGUCGAUCAGGGGCAGGACACCCGCCGGCGAUCCAAUGUCAGGCGCGCCAUCGUGGCAUCGGCUCUUGUUGCCGUCGCUCUUUGCGCUGCGGUCAUGCUCAUGUUCUCCAAGCAACCGGCUCCCGCCCGUCGAUCCCUCCUGGGUAUGACCAAGGCUACUGCUGCUGCCAAGGGCCGCAUGGACAUCGCGCUUGCUGCCAGGCUGAUCAAGGCGGCGCCCUCGGCGUCUUUUGCGCAGCUCUCGACGAUCUUGGACAACUGGAAGAGCAACCAGAUUGUGAACUUCGACCGCUCGAGCCAGACGAGCACGCAGAUGUUGGCGUUCUUGCCUGGGAAUGUGGAGACAGCUCUGGAGGAAUCCGGAAAGCUCUGCGAAAAGAAGGACUUCAUCUUCCAGAAGUUCAACCAGCUUCUCAACAAGCUCAAGGACGAGUCCAUCGUGAGAAAUCAGACCGACCAUGCCGCCUACGUUGCCCAGCAGGAGGCGCUCAAGGCUUGGCUGGAUGGUGAGAGCGCUUACCGUCUUGAGGUAGAGAAGGAGAAGGAGGCCAAGGACGGGGCACAGUUUGCUCGUGCCGAGCUGGAGAAGUGGAAGGCAACUGUGAAGCAGACUGAGGAACGUCUCACUACCAUGACAAAGUCCUACAACGCAGAGAAGGCUGAUAUUGAAUCUGAGAGGGAGCUUCUCAAGGAGAUUCUCCGCAUCCUCGGCGUUCUUGAGGACCAGCCUCUAGAUGAUAGAAGCAAGGAAGCUGGUGGCUACACCGCUCAGAAGCGCGCCCAGGAUGUCGCCAUGAAGCAGCUCCGCUCCAAGAUUGCUCAGCUGAAGCAGCGUGCGACCCUGGGAGGGCCCCUGCACGUCAAGCAGGUCACGAUGCUCCAGCAGAAGCUUGCAAACUUUGCGGAGACCGACGAGGUGAGGAAGCUGCUGGAGGCCAUGCUGGCGGAUCUCGCCACCCGCGAGGAAGUCAUCGACAAGGCGUAUCAGGAGACUCAGACCGAGCUCGAGCAGCACAAGGACAAGGUGGUGGAGUACGAGAAGGAGGUCGUGGACCUGUCCAACGCUGCGGACAAGGCGAAGCAGCGAGCGGACGCCAAGGACCUGCAGCGCCAGGCGCUCAAUGGCAAGAAGAUCAACUCGGACGAGGAGUACAAGAACGAGCACGCGGAGUACGAGAUCGUCGCCACUCCUGCCGAGCGAGCAAUCUACAUCCUCCACAUGAUUAUGGAGAAGAUCGACGCCUUCUGCAAGAACGGAGGAAGUGCCGCAUCCCCGACCGCUUAA